CCCUCCCUCCCGGCUCCUGAACUCCAGCCCCUCUCUCUCUAUCAGCCGCUCACUCUGUCUCAAUAUGUCUCAAGAUGGCGGCCAAUGUGGGAUCGAUGUUUCAAUAUUGGAAGCGCUUUGAUUUACAGCAGCUGCAGAGAGAGCUCGAUGCCACAGCAACGAUAUUGGCUAACCGGCAAGAUGAAAGUGAGCAGUCUAGGAAAAAACUUAUCGAGCAAAGUCGCGAGUUCAAGAAGAACACUCCAGAGGACCUGCGCAAACAGGUAGCUCCAUUACUGAAGAGUUUCCAGGGAGAGAUUGACGCAUUGGGCAAAAGAAGCAAAGAAGCAGAGGCAGCCUUCUUGAAUGUUUAUAAGAGAUUAAUUGAUGUUCCAGAUCCGGUUCCAGCCUUGGAUUUAGGACAGCAGCUUCAGCUGAAGGUUCAACGUAUGCACGAUAUUGAAACAGAGAACCAGAAACUUAGGGAAACUCUAGAGGAAUACAAUAAAGAAUUUGCUGAGGUGAAAAAUCAGGAGGUUACAAUAAAAGCACUUAAAGAGAAAAUCCGAGAAUAUGAACAGACCCUGAAGAACCAAGCGGAGAAUAUAGCCCUUGAAAAAGAACAAAAGUUACAAAAUGAUUUUGCGGAGAAGGAGAGAAAAUUGCAGGAGACACAGAUGUCGACAGCCUCGAAGCUGGAAGAAGCCGAACACAAAGUUCAAGCUUUGCAAACAGCCUUGGAAAAAACCAGAACAGAACUAUUUGAUCUGAAAACAAAAUACGAUGAAGAAACUACUGCAAAGGCUGAUGAAAUCGAGAUGAUCAUGACAGACCUUGAAAGAGCAAAUCAGAGGGCAGAGGUGGCUCAGAGAGAAGCAGAGACCUUAAGGGAGCAGCUCUCGUCAGCCAACAAAUCUCUCCAACUUGCUACGCAGAUCCAGAAGGCACCUGAUGUGGAACAGGCCAUCGAGGUGCUAACACGGUCCAGCUUGGAAGUAGAACUGGCUGCGAAGGAGCGGGAAAUCGCCCAGCUGGUAGAAGAUGUCCAGAGACUCCAGGGCAGCCUCACCAAGCUGCGGGAGAACUCCAGCAGCCAAAUCUCACAGCUGGAGCAGCAGCUGACCGCCAAAAACAGCACACUCAAACAACUGGAAGAAAAACUGAAAGGACAGGCUGAUUAUGAAGAGGUUAAGAAAGAAUUAAAUAUAUUGAAAUCCAUGGAGUUUGCACCAUCUGAAAGCUCUGGUGCGCAGGAUGCCUCUAAACCGCUGGAGGUGCUGCUGCUGGAGAAGAACCGCUCCUUGCAGUCCGAGAACGCCACGCUGCGUAUCACAAAUAGUGACCUGAGUGGGUCAGCCAGGAGAAAAGGGAAAGACCAGCCUGAGAGUCAGCGUCCUGCAACCUUGCCGGCCUCCCCUCCUUCUCAGUUGCUCCGCAACGCGGGGGAGCAGGCUUCCAAUACUAAUGGUACACACCAGUUCUCACCAACGGGUUUAAGUCAAGACUUUUUCAGCUCAUCCCUGGCGAGCCCCAGCUUACCCCUGGCCUCCACAGGAAAAUUUGCACUAAACUCUCUCCUCCAGCGACAGCUAAUGCAGUCCUUCUACUCCAAGGCAAUGCAGGAAGCAGGAAGCACAAGCAUGAUUUUUUCAACAGGUCCAUACAGCACAAACUCCAUAUCUUCCCAAAGUCCGUUACAACAAAGUCCGGACGUAAAUGGCAUGGCCCCGUCUCCCAGCCAGUCAGAAAGUGCUGGGAGCAUCUCUGAAGGCGAGGAGAUAGACACGGCCGAAAUUGCACGUCAGGUGAAAGAGCAGUUGAUCAAGCACAAUAUCGGACAGCGGAUAUUUGGACAUUAUGUGUUGGGACUGUCGCAAGGGUCUGUGAGCGAGAUACUAGCCCGGCCAAAGCCAUGGAAUAAACUGACUGUGAGAGGCAAGGAGCCAUUUCAUAAGAUGAAGCAGUUCCUCUCGGACGAGCAGAACAUCUUGGCUCUUCGCAGCAUCCAGGGUAGACAAAGAGAGAAUCCAGGCCAGAACCUGAACAGACUAUUUCAGGAAGUACCGAAACGAAGAAAUGGGUCUGAAGGUAAUAUAACCACAAGAAUCCGAACCACAGAGACUGGCUCUGAUGAAGCCAUCAAAUCCAUUCUCGAACAAGCCAAAAGGGAGCUGCAAGUACAGAAAACAGCUGAGCCGGCUCAGCCGCCUUCUGCGUCUAGCAGUGGCAAUUCUGAUGAUGCUAUUCGAUCCAUUCUGCAACAAGCCCGACGAGAAAUGGAGGCACAGCAGGCUGCCCUUGAACCUGCCUUAAAAACACCACCUUUAUCUCAAGCUGACAUUUCUAUCCUGUCCCCCAAACUAGUAUCUACACCUGCAAUGUCUUCGGUUUCCAGCUAUUCUCCUUUGGCCAUAUCCCUGAAGAAACAUUCAGCUGUCACUGAUUCCAGUAUCUCUGCAUUGCAGAACCUCUCUGGGCUCAAAAAGGAGCCUCAGGAGGCACCUGUGUUAGAGCUUCACGGAGUAAGUGAUUCUGCCCAGGGUAUGUUGAGGCAUGUUAAAAAUGAGUUGGGACGUGGUGGUGUUUGGAAGGACCAUUGGUGGAAUACUGUGCAGCAUGAGAGAAGAAAUACAGCUCUUCCCGAAGAUGUAAAAGUUGAGGAAGCCAGUGGUGGAAAAGAAAAGGUCAGCAAUCAGACUAGGCCAGAUCGUAGCCAGCUCCAAGGACCAUCUUCUUCAGAGUAUUGGAAAGAGUGGCCAAACGCUGAAUCUCCGUACUCCCAGAGUUCUGAAUUGAGCAUGACUGGGGCGAGUCGCAGUGAGACACCACAAAAUAGCCCCCUCCCUUCAUCCCCUAUCGUGUCUUUGUCAAAGCCAUCCAAACCUUCAGUUCCUCCACUGACACCCGAGCAGUAUGAGAUUUAUAUGUACCAGGAGGUGGAUACGAUAGAGCUAACGCGGCAGGUCAAAGAAAAGCUAGCAAAGAAUGGCAUCUGCCAAAGGAUCUUUGGGGAAAAGGUAUUGGGGCUGUCCCAAGGAAGUGUCAGUGACAUGCUCUCCAGGCCAAAGCCAUGGAGUAAAUUGACCCAAAAAGGCCGAGAACCAUUUAUUCGUAUGCAGCUCUGGUUGAAUGGUGAGCUGGGACAGUGUGUCCUGCCUGCACAAGGGCAGCAACAAGGACAAGUCCUUCACUCUGUGACAUCAUUACAGGAUUCCCUACAGCAGGGAUGUGCAAGCUCAGAAAGCACUCCAAAGACUUCUGCCAGUUGCAGUCCUGCUCCUGAAUCUCCCAUGAGUUCCAGCGAAUCGGUGAAAAGCCUGACUGAAUUGGUACAGCAACCCUGUCCCGCUAUAGAGACGAGUAAGGAUGGCAAAUCCCAAGAAUCUAGCGAGCCGUCUGCUUCUGAAUCCCAAUCUACAACACCUUUGCCGCUGUCGGGCCACUCGGCACUCAGCAUUCAAGAACUCGUUGCUAUGUCCCCUGAGCUGGAUACAUAUGGCAUUACGAAAAGGGUCAAAGAAGUGCUAACGGACAACAAUCUCGGUCAGCGUUUGUUUGGGGAGACAAUCCUAGGGCUAACACAAGGCUCUGUCUCAGACCUUCUGGCUCGCCCGAAGCCCUGGCACAAGCUGAGUUUGAAGGGACGGGAACCCUUUGUCCGCAUGCAGCUGUGGCUGAACGAUCCCAACAACGUGGAGAAGCUGAUGGAUAUGAAACGAAUGGAGAAAAAAGCCUACAUGAAACGGCGACACAGCUCUGUUAGCGACAGCCAGUCUUGUGAGUCCUCGUCCGCUGGAAUCGACUACAGCCAGGGAGCCAGCCCGCAGCCGCAGCACCAGCUGAAGAAGCCCCGGGUGGUGCUGGCACCAGAAGAGAAGGAAGCUCUGAAACGAGCCUACCAGCAAAAGCCAUACCCAUCACCAAAAACCAUUGAGGAACUCGCUACGCAGCUCAACUUGAAAACCAGCACCGUGAUCAACUGGUUCCACAAUUACAGGUCUCGCAUCCGCCGGGAGCUGUUCAUUGAGGAGAUCCAAGCCGGGAGCCAGAGCCAGGCUGGGUCGAGCGACUCUCCUUCUGCCAGAAGCAGCAGGGCCGCUCACAGCUCGGAGGGAGACAGCUGCGAUGGCGUGGACGCAGAAGGCCCACCUGAAGGAAAGCCCAGUGGCCCGGAGGCGGAUGAGUACAGCAAUGCAACCACAAAGUCUCAGGGAGGGCCAGCGGAGUCGGCUUUCGAAGCGGGGGAAGAGGCACUGCAAGGCGCCAGGUCUUCGGAGAAAGCGGAGCCGUUCCAGGCGGAGAGCCUGGAGGACACCGACGACGAGGGCAGGCUCAGAGCACCGCGCCAGAGCUCUCCGCCGGCAUCGCAGCGCCCGGGAGAAGCUCUGGAGACACUGCCAAACUCUGCCACGGAAGGGGAUGCCUCUACCUCAGCUGCCUCCACCUCAGUCCUUACAGGGGAGAGCUCCUACAAGUCAAAAGAAAGUUCAGAGAAAAUCUCCAGUGUGCCAAGUACGAGCUCGACGCCAGCCGCAGGCUCGCAGAAAGCCAACUCUCUUCAGAGCUUGUUCGGCUUCUCCGAGGCGGCCAGCUCCAGGAACACGCGAGACAGCUCCUUGAGGAAAAAGAAAGCGGCAAACUUGAACAACAUCAUCCACCGCUUGGAGAAGGCCGCGAGUCGAGAAGAGGCCGUCGAGUGGGAGUUUUGAGAUUAAACUCGCCCAACUCUGGAGAGCUGGGAAGUGAAACUGGACCUCUACUGGUUUUAUUGUGUUGCGCACUUAACCGCCCUGCGGGCCACAGGGCAAAAACGCCAUAGGCCAAGGUGCAUAUAGAAAACAAAAAGGAGCGUUAAGCCCAAUUUAUGUUUGUGUUUUCGAGGAAGAAAACUGAAAUGUGUAGUCAAGCUUUUUUGUACCCUGAAGUGUUUUUAUUAUUGCCCUAAGUGAUUUCCACAAUUUCUGGAAUAACUCAUACAGCUUUGCCUUGUGCCCUCCUCUUUGGUGUGGGCUUUAAAAAAAGAAAAACAGAAAAAAAAGAAAAAAAAAAUCAUACCCACAUAUUAAAAGGGGGCUUUUUAUCUGCCAUCUAAUGGCUACAGAGCGAUAAUACACUAUUAUCUUCUUAAACCAGGAAAAAAGGGGAGAUUUUUCAAAAAAAAAAGAAAAAAAAAAGAAAGUUUUUUGUAGCUGUUCAGUUGCCACUAAGAGAUUGCACAGUCAACCGACUCUAAACACACUAGUUUGGAUUCCUACAUAUUUUCAAGAAAAGAAAAGAAUCUUGUUGUUUGAAACUUUGAAUUAAAAAAAAAAAAACACAUUUACUCCACAUAUUUUUUAACAAAACAAAAAAAAAGUCACAUCAGGAAAAUAUCUUAAUUUGUGGUAGCUGACUUAGUGUUUUCUUGUAAGUGAAAUAGAAUAUUGACACGUAGUGCACAUUGUUUCAUAGCUUUAACUGAUUCUGGUCUUUUGCAGACCAGAAUUUGUUUAAUACACUCCAUUUUAGGCCAAAUCAGGACAAAAAAAAAAAAUCUGAAUCUAGGUAUUUUAUAAUCUGCUUUUUAACCUCUAACCACAGAGCACGCUGAUCAGACCUCAUAUCUAGGAGGUUUAGGAGACAACUUAGAAACAGCAUGUACUUGAUCAUUUCACUUGGUUCGUAGUGUACAGAAUUUCCUUUCUGUAAAGACAGAUCGCUCAAAAAAUGUUGGCCAGUAACAUUUCAGCCUGCUACUUUGGGGACAUAUUCUGUAACCCGAAAUAUUCAGCUUACCUGGAAUCGAUGAAAGUGUAGUUCACGUGUACGAUUGCUGUCACACACCACUAAGAGGGGACUGGAGCUGCCUCAGAUCAAGAACUUUUCCUGCUGUUGGUGGCCAUUUACUGACUCUCUUCCCACCGCAAGCACUGAUUUUAAAUACGUUUUAGUUGUGGGAAGCUUAUUUUUGCGUGGAUAAAGAGUACAUGGCAAUGACCAGACGGGCUCUUACCGGGACGGAAAUAGCCCAAACUCCAAACCAAAACAUUCAUGCUCUCGAGUCCCAGUCUAGACCAUUCUGCCCUGCAGAAAUACAGCCUUUUUCCAUUAUUUUAUGCACAGGUUAGGGCUGAUCAAAGUACAAAUCAAAUUCUAACUUGUCUCUAACUCCUCCUGUUGUCUAUAUGUAUAUGCGUGAGCAUAGAGGUGUGUGGAAGGAUGUGUGUGCGUGAGUGUGUGCGUGCAAUUUUAUACGUCUGUGUAUUUUCUUACGUACUUGUGCACACAUAGAGUGCAUUACUGCCACCUUUUUUCAAUAAGCUGUUUUAUCAGUUAUGGCUUCUACAAGUUUGCUAAUUUAGACUCCUUUAUUGCCAUAUCUUUAAAACUAACAAUAGAUGAUUUCGGAAUAUAUAUAUAUAUAUAAAUAUAUAUAUAUAUAAUUUUUUUUUGCUUAUUUAUAGGUGCUGUAUUUUAUUAUCUGAUUGUUAGGAAGGGAUGAAAGGGGGCAAAUAUUCUUUAGAGGGAUAGACUGCCGGCAGUAUUGGGUAUAAUUUACAAGAUGUAGUUGUCAUACUGUAUAUUAUUGAUUGAAGACUUUUUGACCGUAUUGUGUAUCAUUGAACUUUUGUCUUAGGUCAGCAUCUUUUUGAUGACACUUUAAUGGUGCAUUCAUUACUUCUUAAGUUUAAUUAAUAUUACUUUUCUGAUUUUGGGGGAGGGAGGGAUGGGGAGAGGAGUUCCGACUUUAAAGGUAUGUUCCCAAUAUUACACCUCAGUGUGCUUGUAUUAAUUCAUUAGUAGGACUUUUGACUGUAAGAUGUGAAACCACAUUUCUUGCAUGAUGUUUUAGAACUUAUGUAUUUCAUUUACAGUCUCUUACCAUGCAACAGCAGCACUUAGCGCAAGUUUUCACAAAUUGAGAAUCAGUACACUAAAAUCAAUCCUUUUCAUGAUUAAGAAAAGAAGGCUCUAGGAGGCUGAAAGGCAGGGAUUUAUUUCCUAUUUUUACUGCUAGCUGUUUCAGGAUACCUCCUUGGGUAAUUGGGGACUUGUGAUGCAAAACUAAAAUUGAGAAACAGAGAGAGCAACUGCCCCUUUCUGUUACGAGCUGAGGAGACAAUUUGUAAUAACAGACACCAGUAUGUGACAGCACGUGCUGGAAGCGGUUACGGCUUCUUAUCUGGAGUGCAGUUAGUCCGCGGGAACGGCCAGCGAGGGAAAUAAGGUGGUGAAGCAAAGUGUUACCUCUCUGUAUCUGUACGGUGUCCUGGUUUGACUUACAAAGCACAGCUCCAUCGAUAAAUGCACGUCCUGGUAAAAGUACACAUACCUUAAUACAAGUCAUAACAAGGUGCAUCUUCAGCCAAGAAGCAAAACUUCUGACUAGAAGAUGCCGAUAUUUUCUUACGUUCUUUAUUUUUUCUUCGUUGUUGUUUGGUUCGGGUUGGGUUUUUUUAAUUAAUUCUAGGCAAUACACUUGCCAGUCUGUUCCUACUGUCCUUGUCUGCUGAUUUGAGAUCCAGGUGCUUGAUGCAGUCAAGUGGUUACUCUCGGCUUUCUCGAUAGUGAGGAGUUUUUUUCUGUUUGACGAUUCGUUUUGUAAUUAAUAUUCCCCAAACUGUUCUUGUGCCUGUGUCUCUAUGAUUGCAUUCCAUGAUGCUUACUGAGAGCUCUUGCUGCAUUAUACGACAGCAGAACUGUAUUCACAGGUCGAACGCAAAUGCAGCACUUAAGGUCAAUCUCUCUUCUUAAUAAGCAAUACGUUAAGUGCCUUGAAACUUAUAUCUUUUUUUUUCCCCUGUUUAUUUUUGUUUUGCUUUUCAGGUUUCCACCAGUUCUUUAGGAUUCCUUAGCGUCUGCCCAGUUUUUAACGCUGUAAUGAUUUUUAAAAAGCAUAUCUGUAGCUUGCCCUAGAGGAAAUCUUUCUUUUAUAACACUAACUGUUAAUUCUAAGCUCCAUUAUUACGUUUGAGUCUUGUGAUUUUGCUGGAUAAAGACAGCAUUCGUAAGUCAGAAGUCACUCCAUCCUGCCAAGGGUUGUCAUUGGUAUCUAUUAUAAAAUUAAUCAAAUAAAAUGCUGUCAGUAUUUCCUAUAUUUUUGGCACUUUAUUAAUGGCUUAGCUCCUUUUGUUGUUUCAUAUUUAAUGAUCUGCGUUGAAUGUGGAUUAGCCUGCUGAGAUGCUGUUGGGGUGACCCGGGCCGUCCUGCCGGGAGUCCCUUUGGGUUCCUUAGUGACCACCUUGUUUGAGGGCACGGGCAGACGAGCACCCUCAGAUCGAGCGCGUAGAGGUUAAGUGAUGUUCCCAGCUGUUUGUUCCUGGUUUUUAGGCAAGGUCGCAGCUGCUUUUCUGUUUCAGCGGAAAGUAAAACGGAUUAGCUUGAACUACUGCUGAGAUUCUCUUGUUGGAGAUGAGUUACCUACUGGCUUUCCAACCUGGCAGAGACCUCCCCGGUUUAGAGACUGAACUUGAGCAACGCUGAAAGAUUUUGGCUAGAUUUCUGGUCAAGUGCGGCAUUUGGAAGCGACGCUUUUAGGAAAAUGUGUAUCAGAAUAACUUUGUUUUUACUUAAUUCAAAGAAAAGGAUAAAAAGUUGGAGGAGAAGGAAUGCCAAAGAGUAGCACGGUGGCUUUUUACCCUCUUGGGUCACCGAUGACACGGGAAGGCAGACGGCGUUAUUCAGCGCGUGUGACAUGGGGCUCAUCUCACGGGGCAGCCGUUUUGUGGAGUGUGGAGCGUGGCAGAGCCCUCGCUGACGGCAUUUCUUUUCCUGACGGAUAAAAGCACAGGCAGUUUUCAAAAAAUCUGCAAUGCCGGAGUCUGUUUUUUCCUGAGGUUCUUUAAAAGCAUUUUUAUUUUCUCUCUCUUGUUUCCAGUUCCGUGCUCUUACUAAAGCUGUGGAGGAAGUGCCCAGGCUGUUUUAACAGAAAUACUUUUAUACUGCAGUUAAAAUUGUCGAUUUUUCUCUCUGGAUGGUUAGGGAAGGAAAAAAGUGUAGUGCUUUGUUUGCUAAAAGCAAGGGCAGAGUAUCUCUUGGCAGAGACGUCAUACAGUGGGAUUGUCGAUACGCUUCCAUUUUUGAGGAUACAGAUUUCAGACAACAGAAUGGCACGUGUUUAUCGGCAGAAACGCAUUUAAUUACAAUUGCUGUUGAUGCCAUAAAAUUUGACCAUUUUAUUUAUUCAUCUGUAAAACACCUAUAAAUAGAGCCGCUCUUUAAAGGAACCUGUAUCGGUGCACUCGGCCCAUAUCGUGAAUUAGCGAGUGCUUUAGUAAUAAACUCCUUGCAGUAAUAGGAAAGAUCUAUCUUAUAGUUAAAAAGAAAAAAAAUGUACGUGCCUUUCUCCGUAGGUGAAAGAUUUUCGCAUUAUUUUUAUGUAACUUGUUCAUAUGGAAUGGUGUAGAGAAGGGGGUUCAUGAGCACGACAGAAUUCUAUGCAAUACUCUCUGAUCCAAUUACUUAAAAGUUGCUAUUUUUCAGUCCUUUAAUGGGAGAAAGAGUAAGUUAGAGAAGUGCAUCGUUCUGGUGGUAAUUCAAACUACAAAGCUGAUAAAUUCGCAUAGAAGGGGAUUGAGGGAAAUCAGACAAAAUAAUGUAAUGAAAUAAUGGAAAAUGCGCGCAGUGAUUGCAGUCCCCACUAGCACAGCUGCCGUCAGAAGUCUGUCAUUUUCCAUCUUAAAAUUAUUAAUUUCAAGCAUUCUUAAAACUUACAUGAAAUAACAAUGCUCCUGGCAAAAACAGGGCAUGUUAGAAACAGAAAAACAUUUUCACCGUAUAUAAAUUAUGAGAAUAUACGAAAAAAAGUAAUUGGUUUUGGACACUUCUUUGCACUUGAAUCCAAAAUAGUUUAUUUAAACGGAAAUGCCGCGGUGAUCUGGGCUAGUGCCUUUAGCAAGGUCGCAGAGAGAUCAGAAAUCCUAGCAAUUUGUUGCAAACCGGGAGCAAAGUGGUGACGUGCAGAGGGAGGGCACUGUGUUGCUCUGGUUGUGUCUCUUUCUAACAAGUGAAUUCAUUAAAUUCUCUCUUCUUUCUUCCUC